AUGCAUCAAUCGGCGCUGCGAUCGGCAAGCAGCCGCAUAAGGCCCGACGUGGUCGCCAUCAAGACCUGCAUCCGAACCUUUUCCACGACGCAAUUGCGUCCCGCAGACGAAUCGAACUCGAACAGAAACAACAGCAAUAACAAGAAUGACGGCGACAAACCUUCCUCGCGAGCCUAUAACAGACCUACACUCACCGGACGAGAGCGCUCCCGCGCCGCGGCUAGCGAGAUUGGACAGCUUCUGCGUGGCGGGCCGGUGAAUGCUGCUGCUGGUGCUUCCGGUGGUGGUGCUGGAGCUCAGCCUAGGGGACUCGAUGAGAGGCCUCGUGGUCUUGACGAGAAGCCUAGGGGUGGUCUUGAUGGGCCUUCUGGACCUGGAGGCGCGGUGAAGUUUGUUAAGGCGCCCAUUGGAUUCGGACGGGGCCGCGGUGGUGGUGCUGGUCUCGGCGCAGGCUUCGGCGCUCGUGGAGGACGUGGAGGUGCCGGCGGAUUCGCUGGCCGUGGAGGAGGCGAGGGAGGAGGCGGGUUCAGAGGACGCGGAGGCGGAGGCUUCAGAGGUCGUGGUGGCGGUGACCGUGGCGGUCGAGGUGGACGCGGAGGACGCGGAGGACGCGGAGGCCGUGGAGGUCGCCGGGGCGGACGCAAGGGCGACGAAGACGGCGAGAAGAAGGCGCCUCCACCAAGAAUGGACAUGAAGGCCAGCUUGGAGAGGUUUUGGCGGCCCGAGACGGCCGAGGAGCACGCCUACAUUGCGAAGCGCGACGGUCCUUACGAGUUCACCCCCAGCCUCAGCGUCAACGAUCUGCUGGGCUUCCGGCCCGCUAUGCCCCUCUCCUCGGCGGCCCCUCCCGUGCAGGCGGCGACGGUGUUGAGUUCGCUGAGGGACGUUGCCGGCGCGGCGGAUUACACGCCCGAGCGGUGGGGUGAUUUGCGGCACACGGCCGAGACGCUGGCGGAUGCCAAGAAUCGGGGCGUGUACUUUUUCGUCGACGCCGAGGAGAAGAAGGUGUUUGCCGAGGCGCUUAAGGAGCGGGCGGACGAGGCGGCGAAGAACCCCGACGGCGCUGUCGUGGGUGACAACGAGGUCCACGUCCACGCCGUGCGGGAGAUGAAGCUCGAGGAGGGCGCGAGCAAGGCCGUGCGGGAGUAUAUCCUCGAGCGGGCCGUCAAGGGCCAGCACGUCGGUCCCACGUUUGUUCCUAGUGGCAGCCGGGAUCCGGUCAACAUGGCGAGGGAGUCGCAUCUGCAUAACGAGACGUAUGUGGCGGGGGAUAUGAAGAAGUUUGACGAUAAGAUUGCGGCGCUUGUUGCGAAGAAGGGUGCUGCUGCUGCUGCCAAGGGAGGCAAGGCUGCGAGGGCUUGA